UUUACGGCGCCGCGCGACAGUUCCCGGUGCUGUGCCCUCGGCUCGCCAUGGCGUCGGGCAGCGGGACCAAGAACAUGGACUUCCGCCGGAAGUGGGACAAGGAUGAAUAUGAAAAACUUGCAGAGAAGCGGCUCACAGAGGAGAGAGAAAAGAAAGAUGGCAAACCAGCUCAGCCCGUCAAAAGGGAACUUCUGCGGCACCGAGACUACAAAGUGGACCUGGAAUCCAAGCUGGGGAAAACCAUUGUCAUCACCAAAACCACCCCUCAGUCAGAGAUGGGAGGGUAUUACUGUAACGUAUGUGACUGUGUGGUGAAAGAUUCCAUCAACUUCUUGGAUCACAUCAAUGGCAAAAAACACCAGAGGAAUCUGGGCAUGUCCAUGCGGGUGGAGCGUUCCACGCUGGACCAGGUGAAGAAACGCUUUGAGGUGAACAAGAAGAAGAUGGAGGAGAAGCAGAAGGAUUAUGACUUUGAGGAAAGGAUGAAGGAACUCCGUGAGGAGGAGGAGAAGGCCAAAGCCUACAAGAAAGAGAAGCAGAGAGAGAAGAAGAGGCGGGCGGAGGAGGAUUUGACCUUUGAAGAGGAUGAUGAAAUGGCAGCUGUGAUGGGUUUCUCUGGUUUCGGCUCAACCAAAAAGAACCACUGAGCAGCUCUGGACUCUUCUCUUUCUCUAAACAGUUUGUUUUUACCCAGGGAACUCUGGAUAACUCUUCAAGGACUUGAUUGAGGACUUGUAUGUAAAUCUCCCAGUAGAAGUUGGCUGGAAGAGUUGAAAAGCGAUUCCGUGCUCUACCUGUGCUGCAGAUCAAGCUCUGCCUCUCAUUAGCUUCUCCUUCUGUGUCCUAGAUCUGGCUGCUCAGCUGCUCUGUGGCCGUGUGUGUGCAGGGAAGUGCUCUGCUGGGUACAUUUUUUGUCAAUGAAGUGCACAUUCUGCACAGGUGGCCUGGUUCAGGAUUAAUCUAGCUGUCAGCCAGGCCCUACUUGUCACCCAAGGUGUGUCUGAGAUGCUGGGAGGGAUUCUGUUGCUUUCAGGCUCAUGAUGAAGGAAAUGUGCUGCAGCAAGCAGUGUGAAAGGUGCAUCUUUUGGCUUGUGCUGAGCAGAGCUGGUGGCUGCAUGGAGUCUGGGUUGCUGAAACUUUCCUGUGUGUUUUAUCUGCAAGGGAGACUUCCCUCCUUUUUGUGUUUUAUCCCAUAAUUUCAGUAUCUUUAAGGUAGGGGAGAAAUUCCUCCCCGUGACUGGUCUAGGAUAGAGCCAAUGAAAGAAAGGUGUGUACAAUUUGCCAGAAAUAAACGGAACGUUUCAAUGGGC